AUCCAGCACAUCACAGUGACGUCCUGUGCGGAUGCAGGAGACAGAUGCCCUCACUGCUACAGCUCCAGGUCCUCAGCCUUGAUAUUCCCUCUACGUAAAAAGGGCGUUUGGAAGCCUGGCGAGCAGCAGGAUGCAGCGGAGCGCGGUGGUCGUGGUGGCGGACAAAACGAGCCUGAAAAGGCCGUUCAUCUUUGCAAAUGCUGUGCAUAUGGCGCUGUGUUUCUUCAUGUUGACUAUGACAGUGGCGUGGCACAGGGACCUCCUCCAAACUGGCAAAAUGGUGUCCCAUGCUUCUGUAGUGAUAAUGUACAUCAUAGAGAUCGGCUGCUUGCUGCUCUCGGUGCUCGGCGUGUUCGGAGCCUGCCAAGGAAAGAGAUGGUGCUUGAUUCUGUAUGCAGCCGGGAUGGCAGCAGCCAGUCAAACAAUAAUUGUUAGAACAGCACUAAGUUACCAAGAUAUUUAUGAGAAACGUGUGGUACGUGAGGAAACCAAGCUGCUGUCCAUGAUGCCGCUCAGCACAACAAGCAAAGCCAACAGGACGCUGCUGUACAGCAUUCAGGAAGAGUUUGAAUGCUGUGGGCUUAUUGAAGGAUACAAAGACUGGGGUUCUUCCAUCCCUCCUUCCUGUAACUGUCAGUAUCCAGGAAAAUGUAUCCGGCUAAGAGGCAGCGCCACACUUGGGGCACCAAAGAACCAAUAUGUUUAUCAAGAGCCCUGCCUACCAAUUUAUGUUUCUGAACUGAAGCUUGCGUUCUCACUGGCGAUGGGUAUACAGUUUGGAAGUGGAGUGUUUUGGGUUGUUUUACUGGUUAUGAGCAUCAAGCUGAUGGGUCAGAUCAAGAGGAAACAGGAGUUCAUGGCUCUCCUCCAGUCCAACAGAUACGUCCCCGGUGCUUUCUAGUCACCUCGUACGUUUUAAUAUCCACUUCAAGCAGACCUUGUUUGAAUUUGCACAUGAUGCUGUAAACCAUAACCUGGCUACUUUUGUGCUAUAGCAAUAUAUGUUAUGAUUUUCUACAUGUUAAUGCAUGUAACCGAUGUUUAAAAGUAACCUACAUGCAUAGAUCGAUUUGAAGUUACUCUGUUUUGCCUUACUGCUGUACAAAAAAAAUGCAAUUUAAUGAACUUAACCAAUCUUUAAUAUUCAUUUUCAAAAGGUUUAGUCAUGUUUAAAGUUGAGUUUUUAAUGAAUAUCCUGCCAAAUCAUGUUUGUUUGUUUUUAGAUUUAUCCUGGUGUUUUGUUAUUUACAGUAAGAAUUAUCUCCUUUUCCAGCACAACUAAAGACUUAUAUUAAUAUAGUUAAUUUAAUUCAUGUAAAACUUGCAAAGGCACUCACAAAAAGCUAUUUUUUUCCUCAGUUGAUUUUGUUCUAAUUCAACACAUCAUCUGGACUAAACAAACAUAUUUAAAUAUUCUCUUAAGCACACGAUGAAUUUUCAGCAUUAGAGCAACAAAUAAUCUUUGAAAUAAUAAUAUUAAUAACCUUUAUGUAGCACCUUUUCUUAAACAGUGUUUACAAAGUGAUUCAAUUAUAGUAAUGUUAUUUAACAAUGUAUUUUCUUGGGUACAUUUAUCAGGAAGGGGAAUGAGUCUCAUCUCUCAUUAGGACACCAGAAUGUCUUGAUGCCUUGUUAUGCAGAUUGUAUAUUUCGUUCUUUCUUGAAGCACAUGUAGCGGGUAAAUCCGUCCACUAGAGGGAGAGCAGAUUCCGUUUCGUUGCACAUUCUGUAGACAUGCGGUGAGAAUCCUCAGUUCUUUUGAAUUCAUGGUUUGUGGAAUCGUUGGCGAGGCCGCUGCAGAAGGUCGUGAGAGGCUCUUGUAGGAAAACGUUGACACCACUCUCACCGAAGAAGCCUUUUUAACGCCACAUCACUUCGAAUAGAACUUGCUGCAUGAGCUGCCUGCAGUUCAAAUGUCUCCUUGAUGUCUGUACGAUCAAACGAAUUUCAUCUGAAAAACAGCAGAUCCAGUGUCUACCUGUGCACUUUAACCAUUAAUGCCUAAUAUACAGUAUGUUCUUGUGAGGUGUUUGGUGUUUUCAUUUCCGUCAUACACUGUUUUUGUUUGUUUAUUUAUUAAUUUAUGGGAUGAACUUCUGUAACAUUUUGUAAAUAGCAGGAAUAAAGAUGUGAUUCUUCUUUUUUUGUCUUCA